AUGGCGCCUUCACGCACCACCCAAGCUGCAGUCAUACUGUCAGCAUUUGUCCUGCCCAUCCUCACUUAUCUGUAUUUCACCAGGAGCCAGCAGUCGAAGAAGAAAGUUGGGCCUCUACCCCCACCGACAGAAAUUAUCUCGCUCUUGAUUCACCCAAUCAAAUCAUGUCAUGGGAUAUCAGUACAGUCGGCAAAGCUUUUACCCACAGGCCUCGAUCUCGAUCGUCAAUGGAUGUGGGUGACGUACCCAGAAUAUGAAUUCCUCACCAUCCGCGAAAACUCCAAAAUGACCUUGAUUCGCCCUGCCUACGACGAAUCGACUGAUACUCUGACCGUCACCGCACCAGCACCGAACUCGAUAAAUGAGAAGCUUGAGUUUUCUAUUCCGGCGCAUCCAUCGAAGGAGUGGCUUGAUGAAAACACUGAAGUCCAUUCCGCGAAGAUCUGGAGCACUACGACGGGAACCCGUGUCUACUCUCCCGAGCUGACUGCCCCCUUUAACGCCUUCUUCGACAGGGAAGUACGACUCGUGUGUAAACCGCCCGUGUCCGACGAUCCUCGGCCACUCCGCUCAAAUGGAGCACCCGCUGUCCUAGGGAGAGAGGCAUCGACUUGUUUUCCAGAUCUGAUGCCCAUCCUAGUUGCCAACAAGAGUAGCAUCGAUGAACUCAACACGCGUCUUAAAGCAGCCGCAGAACAUAGCGUUGAUGUCCGCCGUUUCCGGCCCAACAUUAUUGUCAAAGGCGAGAGCAAUUCACCUUGGGAUGAAGAUCGCUGGAAGACUAUCAAGAUUACACCAACGUCUAGCGAGCAACCUAUUGUCCUGGACAUUACCCAGCGAUGCGCACGCUGCCAUGUACCUAAUGUUGACCCGGAUACGGCUGAGGAAAACAAGAAGCAGCCGUGGGAUAUAUUGAUGAAGUACCGGAGGAUUGACGAGGGCAUCACGUACAAGCCCUGCUAUGGCAUGUUGGCUGUGCCCAGGACGGUGGGAGAAGUAAGGGUGGGGAUGAAGUUCGAGGUGACGGAAGUAACUGAUGAGCAUCGAUACAUUACUGGUUUCUAGACUGUUGAGUAGUUGUGAUAGCUCAAUGAUGGUGUUGCUACCAAGAACAAUUGCAUGGCUUGAGCAACAGCCUGCCUUAGCUAGAGGGCACGUGCGAAGAUAUGUCUCUGGUCCAACUACUUGCGUACUAUCUCCUCCCAUGACCA